AUGCUGAAUAAAUAGGUCGUAAGCAGAACUGCCACUAAAAGAAAUUUGAUUUUUUCACAAAGUGUUCUUGAAUCUAGCUAAAAAUCAUCAUUAUUAUAGAAAUCUAGUAGACAUUAGAAAGUUAAAUCAUAAGUAUUGUGCAAUACUCCUAUGGGAUAAGAAAAAUAUAAAACAGACAUCUUAAAAGAAUAAAGUCUGUUUAGUGAAGAUUCAGAUAAUGACUUAUUUCGUGAAAGUACUUUAAAACAUCCAAAGACUGCAAGUUCAAUGAAAACACGAUCAAAGAUACUGAAUUAAAUGGCAUAUUUAACUUAGAAAAUGAUGCCCGAGUAUCAAAGAGGGAUGCAACUUAUAUCACAGGCCGAGUAAUUUGGAUUUUUUAUAAGAGGGAUAAGGUUCUAGACUUUCGUAUUGAACAAAAUGAGUAACCAACACAAAUUAAUAAUCAGUAGCUGAGUUUUGGAGAAGUCUUUAUUAACUAUUAACAUGAUAAGGUAUUAUACGUCUUUAUAAAGCAUCCUAUUGAGUUAUCACCUGAAUUAUGGAAUGUUUAAUCAGUUAGACAAAUGGAAUUUUAUUAUUACAAGAUAAGAUCUAAAACAUAACCUGUACCACUUUAAUUCUAUAUGAAUUAAAUUGACAGUACAAAUUUUAAAAUCUUUGUUUCAUCUGUCAAUCCAUUUCCAACUAAGUUCUCUUGUGAUUAAAUUAUAUCUGUUAAAGGAUGGAAAUAUAAAAUAGAUGAAUCAAAAAUAUUUCAUUGUGAAUAUAUUUAUAUUAGUAUGGUUUGUGAUUUAGAUACUUAGGUUAAAUUGAAAUAUUAAUUUGGCACAAAAAUUUUGAGAAGGCCUUAGACAAUGUAAAAAAAAAUGGAAACAGAAUUAAUUUUUAUAUAAAGUCCUCAAUAAUAAUAAUUAGAAAGAAUGAAUUCAGAUUUUUUGUUGGCUUAAGUAGCUGAAAUAAAAAAAAGAAGAAAACAAAAAUUAAAAUAACGAGGAUUUUUUAAGGAUUUAAUAAAGGAAAAUAUUUAAAAAGUAACUGAAUAUAAUGAGGAAUAAUAACGUAGUUUUAGAGAAAUGAAAAGAGUUUAAUCUGAUAAUAGAAUGGAAGAUGUUUUACAAAGAAAGAAAGCGUUAAAUUAAAAUGAAUAAUAAAGAAAAGUAUACGAAUAAUAAACUCGAGAAUUAGGGAAAAUCUUAAGGCAAAGAACUAAUUUUGUAUAAUCUAAAAAAACACUAAAAAAUAAAGUAUGUAAUCAUUGGUUGAAUUUCAUAUACAUGGCUUUAAUUAGUAGUAAGAUACUUCAUGUAUAUUAACAUAAAAUUGAAGCUUAAAAUUAAUCUACUUUGAUGGCAUUCUAAGUUAAAAGAAUAAUGAGAAGAAUUCAUAAAAGACUUAUAGCUGUUAAAGGAUUAACAUUAUUUGAUAGAGUAUUUUUUGAUGUUAAACUGUAAAAUAUAUUAUGAAAACAAUUAGAGCUUCAUUAUGUUUUUGUAGAGCAGUGUAUCAGAAGUAAAUAAAAGAACACAUAGAUAAAAUAGUGCCUUUCUUAAAAUAAAGAGCUGAACUUCAUCACUUUAAAAAUUAAGUAGUCAGUACCCACUUAAAAAUUUUAAAAAUCAGAUAAAGCUUCCAAGAAUUUCUAUUAAAGUUUAAGAAUUAUAAAAAAUAGUUAAGCUGUAUUUGGUAAAAGUAUUUUAAAGAAUAACUUCUAAAAAAUUAUAAUCAAUUAAAUUAAAGAAGGAAGGAAAUAUAUUAGUAAUAUAUAUUUCUAUUACAAAAUCAAGAGUCUUAUGGGUAUAUGAUAAUUAAAUAAAUAUAGUAUUCUUUAAAAUGAAUUUGUAAAUGCAUACAGUAAAGAUAAAUUAAGAGGAUUUUUUAAAGAAAUGAGUGUUUAUUCUUAAUAUAUAAAGAUACUAAGAUAGUAAAAAUUCAGCAAAACAAAGAAGAAAGAUUUUUAUUUGAAUUAAUAGGUAAUGGAUUAACCUAAAUUGUUUUACAUCCCUAGUUAUGAUGAAAUAUUAGAAUAUCUUCCAAUAUUGAUGAAUAACUGUAAUAAAUAAGAUACAAGAAGUUCAUAGUAGAUUUCAUAAUCUUAAUUAAUGAGUUUGGGUGAGAACAAUGAAAAAAAGAGGAAGUAAGGAAGGAUGAGAAAAUGA